UGCAGGAGUGAGUGGCUCCAGGGCAAUCUGCGCUUCCAGGAAAGCCCACCGUGGAUCGACAGGUACUGGACUGGGACUCAGGCUCUGUGUCAGAGGGCCACCUGGUGAUCCUCUGCAAGCCUAAACACCCCAGGAGCACAAAACAUUGGGGACCAUCUGUAUCACGGUGCUCUGGGACUCCUUCCCAGGUCCCUGGAUAGCCCCCCUUCCUUGUCUGGGGAAGCCCCACCUCGGACACCUGCCGGAGCUAAGGAAGGAAAGGAUCGCACAGCCCCCUCCUCAGCUCUGAAAGGACGGGAUCCGGAGAUCCCUUCCCCUGCUCUGGAAGACCCGCAGGAGACUUCCCAGGAACAAAGACCCCCCCCCUUCCCGGGGGUGAGUAGGGCGGGGCAUCUGCUAAGCCCAGGCACCCCCUCCCACCAGGACAGCAAGCUGCAGGGGCCGCGCCACGUGAGGACGGAUCUCCAACAGCAUGUUUUAGCCCAGGAGCCCCCGGCGACCCUUCCCGGAACCCAGCAGGAAUUCCACACCAAGAUGGCCGCCCUGAACCAGCGCUGGGCACAGCUGGAGCAGAAAGAGGAGGAGCUAAGGGGGUCCUUCGUCCGCUUUGACAAAUUCCUGCAGGAUGCUGAGGCCCGGCGCGGCCGCGCGCUGCAGAGAGCGGCGGAGGAGCAGCAGCGUGCGCACCGUCGGGAGGCAGAGGCGCUGCGGCUGCGCACACAGCUGGAGGCGCUGCAGCGGGAGCGCGCGCGAAAGCAGCGUAGGCUGCGGCGCCUGGAGCCCUGUGCGCGCCUGCUGGAGCGUGUGCUGGAGCUGCUGCCCGAGUUUCAGGAGGUCCCCGAGCUGGUGGCACGCUUCGACGGCCUGGUGGACACCCAGGCUGUGCUGGAACUGGUGGAACGAGAACGGCAGGCAGAGCUGGAGGCCACACGGGCAAGGCUGCAGUGGCUGCGGGACUCAGGGCAGGAAGAGCUGCUCCGGCUGGGCCAGAGGCGGGCAGAGCUGCAGGAACAGCUGGAGGCAGCCCAGGAGUGCAGGCAGCAGUGGGAAUCCAGGUGGACCCAGAUCCAGAACACUGCAGCAGCCAAGACACUGCUCCUGGGCCGAACUCGCAUGUCAGCACUCAACCUAUACCAGCUAGUGCGACUGCGCCAGGGUCAGCUGCCGGCCCUGGAUGUGGAGGACACAGAGGGGCAGCUGGAACAGGGGGGACAGCGUCUCUCAAGCCCCAUACCACCUGGCAGCUGUCCUGAGCCACCAGAGGGAAUUGACUGGAGCCUUGUUCUUCUCACUUGCUCAACAGAGACAUGCAAAGCCCACCUCGGGUCCAGGUGGCACCCAUAGGCAUGGUCACCUGCUCUCUGACUACCACACAGCUGGGAUUUUCCUAUGAGAG